AGGGCGUGGGCGGUGCUUGAAAGUGCUACAGUACAAGCUAAGAGUGGGGUGGGCUUUGUAAGGACAAGGGGUGCGCCUGAGCCCGAACGUCUUUCUUCAUUUAGGACAGACUAGAGCUGCGACUGUUGAGAGCGCGAGCGAGUGCAAGCAAGCAAGCAAGCAAUGGAGGCCCUUGCCGAUUCCUUGACUAGGACCAUUAAAGGGUCGCCGUCGAUUGCUCCUCUCCCUUCUACUGAUGACAGUCGGCUCUGGAGAGUUAGCAACUUGGUCAUGGCCGUCUUCUUCGGACUAGCUGGGGCCGUGCAGGUCAAUGACCCAGAUCCAGGACUCUGGAUAGUUGCCUACUCUGUACCUGCAGCUCUGUCACUUGUUGUCAGCCUUAACCCACCAAUUGCAGAUAACAAUGUGUGGCGGAGUCUAUCAUAUCUACAUUCAGCUGCUUGUGUUGUGGGUUCUGCCAUCUUGGGUUAUUCUUUGUUUGCUAAUGCACAAAACAACAUCUUGCAUGAGGAAGAAGGCAGGGAGUUAUUUGGUCUGGUGAUUGUUACAGUCUGGAUGAGCCUUUGUCGCAGUUCAGCCAAAAAUUCCCUGGAUGGGGUUCGCCUGGCCAUUGCAAUUUCCCUUUCCCUUUUUCCCUUCAUAAUGUGGUUGUACAUUUACAUGAAUGCAGAGAUGCGAGCAUCCUGGCCAUCUCACUGUAAAACAGUUAUUUAAGAAGGUGGAAGUAAACCAAUUGAUGUUCUAGUGCCCAUUUGCCCAAGACUGGUUCUUUAGUGAUGCCAACUCAACAGCAACCGCACCCAUGACUAAAAUCGAUUUGUUCCCUCAAGAGUCUAGUUUUAAAUUGGACUUCCGGGAAGGGUGACUUCGCUUGUGCCUGCUUUUGGGACGGGCUCCCGCCUCAAAAGAAGCUUAUUCAGAUAUAAAUCAGUCAGAACAUUUUUUUUUUUUGACUGAUGAAAUUUCUCCCGGGCAGGGAGAAACGUAGAGAUCAACCUCAAAAGCCUGUUUUUGUUGGGAGGACUGGAUUUCAUUAAUUUAUGAGAUAAGGUCCAGCCAACAAUGCCGGACGGACUUCCUAACAAGCU